UGUGCAGCUCAGGGAGUGCGCACAGAUCACCGAUCCACGAUAAGAGCCGAAGAUGUCGGCUCGGUCAUGUGAUCAGCUGUGUCCAAUCACAGCUGAUCACAUGGUACAUUUACACUGAUCAUCAGGGCACUGAUGAUCAGUGUGCCCUGAUGAUCAGUGUAGCCCCAGCAGUGCCACCUGUCAGUGUACAUCAAUGCCUUGUGUCAGUGCUCAUCAGUGCCAAGUGCCAGUGCCCAUCAGUGCCACAUCAAUGCCACAUAUCAGUGCCUACCAAUGCACAUCAAUGCCACAUAUCAGUGCCCAUCUGAGCUGCCUUUCAGUGUCACCCAUCAGUGCCAAUCCGUGCCACCUAUCAGUGCUGCCAAUCAAUGCCACCUAUCAGUGCUGCCAAUCAGUACCGCCUAUCAGUGCCUGUCAGUGCCGCCUAUCGGUGCCAGUCAGUGCCGCCUAUCAGUGCCAGUUAGUACUGUCUAACAGUGCCAGUCAGUGCCGCCUAUCAAUGCCGCCUAUCAGUGCCAUGUAUCAGUGCCAUGUAUCAGUGCUGCCUUUCAGUGCCUAUCAGUGAUGCCUGUCAAUGCCCAUCAGUGCCACCUACCAGUGCCUCCUCAUCAGUGCCCAUCAGUGCCACCUAUCAGUG